AUGGCAGAACCAGCCCAGGCCCCGCUGUCCCGCCUGCUUGUCCCCGUGCUGCUGGCGCUGGGCUGGAUCCUGGGCUGUGCCCUCAUGGUGUACAUUGUCUUCUCCUGACCUCGGAGGGAUGGCAGUGCCACACAGCCCUGCAGUGACAGCAGUGCCACACAGAGCCCUGCGGUGAGAAGAACCUACAAUGAAGUUGAUGAGAAGAACACAGAAGUUCAGUUUAGAUUUCUAAUUACUAAAAUACAUAUAAAAUG